AUGUCCGACUCACACUAUGGGACUCUUUCCACUCUCAGGAUUCGAACCGUGCAGGUGGAACUCUUUCCCUUCCAACCUAGCCCAUCCAUUUCUGACUCUGCGCUUGACACUGACCAGCUCAAUACCAUCAUUGUUGUUACUGGUGGUGCGAGCUUCAUUGGCUCCAACAUAAUCAAGGAGCUCAACAACCGUGGCCACAGCAACAUCCUGGUUGUGGAUGACCUUGGGAUCGACGGCGCCAAAUUCCGAAACCUGGCCGAUUGCCAGAUUACCGACUUGAUCUCACCAUCGGAGUUUCGUGCUGCCAUCCGCAACAGGACUUCGAUUUUCGAAACCACCGAGUUCCGAGCUACCAGAGGCAACAAGCUGUUCCUCACCCAGGCUCGCGUUGUUUACCACUACGGAGGCGCGACUACCGAGGAAAAUGGCGCCGACGUGAUGGAUGCCCACUUUACCUACGCCAAGGAAGUGUUCAACUGGUGCCAGGAUUUGAAGAUCCGGCUCAUCUACGCAUCCUCAGCUGAUGUGUAUGGAUCUAGCCCAAGUUUCAGCGACACUGACGUAAAGGAGGCGCCUCUGACUCCCCAAGGCUACUGCCACCUACUCUUCGACCGGUAUGUCGUCAAGAACAAACAACCUGUCAAGAACAUGCAGGUAGCUGGCCUCCGUCUUUUCACUGUCUACGGACCCCGCGAGCAAUACAAAAGCACCAAGGCCAGCGUGGUCAAUCAGUUCUACAGUAAGCGCACGGAAUUCAAAGCGGUUGAACUCUUCGGCGAAUACGCUGGAUGCGAGGCUGGACAACAGAAGCGUGAUUUUGUUUACGUGGAGGAUGUGGCUCGCUUGAACUGCUGGUUCUAUGAUCACCCUGAAGUUGAUGGAAUUUUCAACGUCGGCACCGGGAAGGCCCGAUCAUUCCAGGAGGUCGCGACCCAGGUUGUUCGUCACUUCGGCAGCCCUGAGGGAUACAUCCGCAACAUCCAGUUCCCUCAACACCUGAAGGGUAAAUACCAGAGCUACACCUGUGCCGAUCUUUCCAGCCUUCGUCGUAAGGGCGCGCGCUUGGCUUUCCGUGAUAUCGAGGAGGGCAUCCCUGAGUACAUGGAGUGGCUUGACGAUAACCAGUUCAAUGGCAAGAAGCAGGUCGAGAAGGAGUAA